AUGCUUGAAAAUAAGGUGAACGCAAAUGUAUGCUCGGAAGGUCUAGGCAUUUGUAACCAAUGUGAUGAGAGGUGCAAGGCCAGGCACGGGCCGACGGGUCAAGGCAUGUGCGACCGAUAUAACCUAUGCACGUGCAAUUAUAUAUGUGCACCAGUACCACCUCCACCAUCUCCCCCGACACACUGCUCUGGCGGGGCAGGCCUUUGCGAUACUAGAUGUGGGAACCCAUGUUGCAAUCAAAGCUGUGCACAAAAGUACCCUGGUGGAGUUGGAUUUUGUGACAGUCUUGCCCAUACUGUAUUGUGCAAAUGCCAAUACCCUUGCUAG